AUGGGUAGUGGAGAGUUCGCAAGUGGUCGAUUCAAGGAGGCAUGUUUCAUACGAAACAUAAGGAUUCAGGAUUAUUCGCUUCAGCUUAAGUAUCCUCAAAAUGUAAAUGCAAUGUCUGAAGAACCAUUUUGUUACAGUUCCCUCCAUGAUGCCAGACGUGGGGUGGAGCCAAUCUUUUAUUUUGGAGGCCCUGGACGAGCCCUACCCCAUUGUCCUUGA